CGUCACUGCUGGAUCUUUGACAACACAAUCCUACAUGCGCACUCGAGUGUAGACCUGUUCCCUAAAGCCAUUGCAGGCCACCAACCAUGAACUCCAAAUCCCUCCGCCGCCUCGCGACCGACCACGCCUCCCUCCACACCGCCGGCCUGCCCCCAAACUACCUCUUCCCGCCCUCAAACUCCUCCGCCGACCCCACCGCCGACCUCACCCACCUCGACGUCCUCCUCGCGGGGCCCCCAGGCACCCCGUUCGCCGCCGGCCUCUUCGCCCUCCACCUUUCCAUCCCGCCCACCUACCCCGUGCACCCGCCGACGGCGACGUUCCGCACGCGCAUCUUCCACCCGAAUGUCGACGAAGCGACCGGCGCCGUGUGUGUCGAGACGCUGAAGCGGGACUGGAGCGAGAAAUUGAGGCUGCGGGAUGUGCUUGUCACGAUUAGUUGUCUGCUGAUCCAGCCGAAUCCGGAGAGCGCGUUGAAUGCUGAGGCGGGGCGGCUGUGUGCGGAGGACUGGUGCGGCUUUGAGCGGAGGGUGAAGGUAUGGGUGGGGAUUCACGCGGGGGUGCCGAAGGGGCUGGUUGCAGCGGUUGAG